GUAGUCACAAGAAAUAAAAAUCCAAAUUCCACAUUUUCAAAUUCAAGUUCGAAUCCAAAUCAGAAGGAAAUCAAUAUCGAAAUCAUUCCAAAAUUUGUUCAGAAAUUGAUCGUUUUAUUUUGAAUUAAGAUUUCCUUGUCCAUGGCCCAUUCAAAAUUAGUCAAAUCAUCGAGAAAAAAUCCACUAAAUUCUAGUGAUUUAAACAAGCAUCGUCGAGCGUAUCGUGAUUUGAACACAUUGAAAAUUAUCGACAACACCAAUGUGCUGGCAUUGCAAGUGCUGCAGAAAAAAAUCAACCAAAGUAAGAAGCAAUUGAAGCAAUUGAACAUUCAAAUUCGCAAUGUGGACAAUAAAGUGGUGCGCGGCGAAAACAAAAACUUCAUUCAACGUCUAACAUCGUUGUUAAUUGAGCAAGAUCAUUUGGACGAAGAGAUAUCGUCAUGCAAGACGAAAAUUGGCCAUUUAAAAUCGCAAAUUGAGCGUGUGGACAUUGAGCUAGAAAAGUACUCUACGCUGGAUGAUCGUUUUAGUGCCGAUAAAAGGAUUGAAAUAUUGGAAAAUCGACUGUUGCAUAACAACCAAAAAGUGGGCAUGUUAAAAUUAGAGGGACUAAAAAUGCGGGACAUUGUUAGUGAUUUGAUGUUCAUGCGUCGACAAUUCCAAAUCGAUCGUGACGAUGUUAUCAACAAACUGAAGAUAAAAAAGCACGACGUCAUUGAAUUGGUGGACCAUUACGCGAUUGCCUUUGCAAGUGGAAUGAGAAUUUGUCGUGAUCUUGAAACGUGUCGUAUCAAAUCGACCAAACAACUAAAGGAACAUUUACAAGAAAUGCAACACUUGAUUCGAGCGGCCGAAACCAAUGACAUUCUACGUGAUUUCAUGAUAACUAAGGCCACGCCUAUCACAUUGGACUCCGAUAGUGUACCGCAACGUGAAAUCAUAAUGAAAAACUAUGGAGAAUUGUCGAAAAUCUGCGACGGUCAAUUGUCACAAAUCGAAAAGUAUGCGCCAAAUGUUCAGACCGAUGAUUUGGAAUACAAACGACGACAAACAUUCUCACUGUACCUGUUUGAAAACGAAGUCACCGAAAAUAUUGAGGACAUUGACAACAAUUUGGAUAGCGUAAAAGCCGGCAUUUCGGCGGCACGAGAUAAAAUUGAUGGACGCAGAGAGCGACGAGAAUAUUUGAAUGAGCUGAACUCGACACUGAAAACGGGCGAAUCGAAAAUCAAAGGGCAGAGUGAAGAAGCGGCCAGAUUGGAAUCGAUACUGGACAAGUAUUUGGUUCAAGUUCACGAGCUUUUUACAGCGUUGGCCUGUGAUGUCGACUUUGGAUUCCAAGGUGGCGUUAAAGUUGACCGAUUCAAUCUUGAUGAGGUUCUACAGAUCAUCGAAAUUCGCCUACGAAGUGUCAUGUAUUCGGUUUACUGCUGGCAAGAGGAGAGAGGCAGAGCAGUCGAAAAAGAAUUGGUUCAUGGCUUGGAAAUGGUUCGACCAACGGAUAUACCGGAAAUUUGUUUGAUCAAUCCGUGUCCAGAAUGUUCACAAGUUGAAGCCCGUGCAAAUCCAGACAUCGAAACGUUGAUAGACAAAGAGGGUAUAAUCGCCCAGUUAAAAGAAGCCAUGGCCAAUCGAAACCUGGUGUCGAGAAUGCAUCACAUUGAAGACUGCCCGAAGCCUGGAAGCAAAGCCGUACUAUCAAAAGAUAUUAAAAAUUAAAGAUUGAAAUUGUGCAUUCAAGACCGAACAAAAUGAUGAAUAAACAAAAUUUAACAAUU